AUGGCGGGUUUGAUGGAUGUCGACCGCAGUCGCUCCCGCAGAGAGCGGACAUUUGUCGGCAGUGAAUGUGCCGUCUGCGAAGAACCCCUCGAACACACCCUGCGUGGAGAGCGCGUGCUCCAAUUCUCUUGCGCACAUGUCGCCCACGAGGCUUGUUUCUAUGAAUAUAUCCGGGAGAUGGAAGGCCAAUAUUGCCCAACAUGUGACGCCCCGCUAGGCCUGGAUUCUAGCCGCGGUGGGAAUGUGUUGGACCUUGAAAAACUAAGCGGCAUCGUGCGCUCCGCGACCAGUGACGCAGCAACUCAGCGCAGCGGCUUGACGACCCCCACACCCUGGGAUUCGGUCACCAGUCGCCAAGCCCCAAGUGAUACGGGAAGUCGUCAAUAUAGUAAUCGCGAUAGUCGAGAUCCGUACAGCCGACGAGAUAGCAGAGAUACGGGGAGCCAGCGUGAACGCAUUGAGCGGUUGACCUCAGGAUCUCGUCAACAGCACUCGCGUAAUGGCAGUGUAGCGGGAUCCUCAGGCGACUACCAGGAUGGCCGUCGACAUGACUAUGAUGUUCAAGCGAUGGAGUCCGACCUGAGUCUCCGUCCUAUCCCCAGCACCAAGAACCCUAUUCCCGCUCCAACCGUGACUAUUCGGAGCGAGUUCCCUACUCUCAAUCGCUCCCGCCAACAGCAGUCUUUGACAUGUUUGGUCACUGUCGAGGUACCGGAGAGUAACUGGCGGCCGGAUGUGGACGACUUGCGCGGCUCUUCCACGUCGCAAUCGCACGCAAAGGAUGAGCCCUACGGCUCAGGGCGUUUCCCGACGAUCCAAGAGCCCAAGCCGGCCCCUUUCGAGCCCCAGGAAAAUCUGAACGAGCUUGCAGAGGACUUGAGGACCAAAGUGGACAACUGGCAUGGCCUGGAAUUUUCGAGAUUCGGCAAACUCCGCUUGCACGGCCAUAUGCGGGUUGGCAAGGAUCGCGACUCCUGGCAAGAGCUGGAGUGUUAUCUAUUCUCGGAAAUGCUCAUCUGCGUUAAAGAGAAGCGUGUUUCAGAUCACCACCGUCAAUACGAGGAGCAAACGUCCAAACCCCGACCCACUCGUUGCACUUUGAAAGGCUCAAUUUUGAUCAAAAAGCACUUGAAGAAUAUCGAAAACGUCCCUGACGAGCGUAUCCUCGCCCUCAACCUAUCCGUCAGCGAACUCCCGUGCUUCUUCCUUCGCUUCCAAAGCCGCAAACAGUUAGAAAUCUGGCGUCGUGCGCUCGUCGAUUUCAAUUUCCUCGAAGGGGCUCGCAACCCCGAUCUUGACUUUGAUCAUUCUGGUGCAGAGGAAGAUGAAUACCGGUCUGGCAAAGUAAAACGGCAAGCAUCGUUGAAUUCAUCAUAUGGUGCAGCACGAUCGAAUAUCACCGCCAUUACUGACUAUACGAACGCUGGCGUGGACUCCCUUUCCACGUCUUCGAUCCAUAUUCCGGUCGAUCUCGUUGUCGUGAUUCCAGUGUCAUCUUCUAUGCAGGGCCUGAAAAUUACCUUACUUCGCGAUGCUCUGAAAUUCCUCGUUGGGAAUCUCGGCCCCCGAGAUCGAAUGGGACUGGUGACUUUUGGCUCGAGUGGGGGAGGGGUUCCUUUAGUUGGGAUGACCACCAAGUCCUGGGGCGGAUGGUCCAAGAUUCUCAGCUCCAUCCGACCAGUUGGACAGAAGAGCCUGCGUGCAGACGUCGUCGAAGGAGCCAAUGUGGCCAUGGAUUUGCUGAUGCAGCGCAAGUCCUCUAACCCAGUUUCGACUAUCCUCCUGAUCAGCGAUUCGUCGACCUCCGAUCCCGAAAGCGUAGACUUCGUUGUAUCGAGGGCUGAAGCUGCCAAGGUUAGCAUUCACUCCUUCGGCCUCGGAUUAACGCAUAAACCGGAUACGAUAAUCGAGCUUUCGACGCGGACUAAGGGAUCAUAUCUCUACGUGAAGGACUGGAUGAUGCUCAGGGAAUGCGUUGCGGGCUGCCUGGGUGCCAUUCAGACCACCUCUCAUCAGAAUGUGAAGCUCAAGCUUCGUCUUCCCGAGGGUUCCCCGGCCAAGUUUGUCAAGAUUAGCGGUGCAUUACAUACAACAAAGCGAGCUACGGGACGCGAUGCGGAGGCUGCCUUGGGCGACCUGCGCUUUGGCGAUAAGCGUGAUAUUCUAGUGCAGCUGGUCAUUCCACCUGACAACGUCACCCAGGAAAGCCCGCCCCAGGAUCCUUGGGAGAGCUUGGUUUCGGGGCUGGAGGCCCUCGGCGGAGGGUCUGAUGGUGACGAGCAACGUGUGCUGAGCGUGGAAGAGGUUCCUUUAAUCCAAGCAGACUUGACCUAUGGCGAUCUGCUGCGUGAUGGCCAUCUCACCCACUCUCCACGACCAUCUCUCCUAGCAAUUACUAUGCUCCCACCAAACCCGAAGUACAGAGGUUCUGGUCAACCAUCGCCUCCUCCAAUUCCCCCUCACCCGUCGAUUGUCCAGCGUCGCAUGGAGCUUCUCGCCUCGGACAUGUUGACCCGUGCAUUGACUCUGGUAUCACGUGGACAGCAUGAUCGAGCGCAGCAUCUUCUGAUGGAAACCCGCAGUAUUCUCAAGGGGUUGGGUAAGGGCAGCCUUCCCCCUCUUCCUCCACCUGGUGGCAAACCAUCCUCCGUCGAUUCAGAGCCACAUGGAGACACCCCCACAUCCAGCUCUCCGAAGUCGACCACGUUCGACAGCCACUCCUCGGCUGCUUCCGACACCGCCACUAUCACUUCUCCGGUUGCGGCCGUGGACGCGCAGACUAUGAUGGCACUCGAUGCAGACCUUGAGUCUGCUCUGGAGUGGAUUAACCAUCCGGCCGUCUUUGGCCGCGACUCACGCAAGGCCGUGCUUCAGGGCAUCGGCGUGAUCUCCUCCCAGCGGGCAUACACGUUCCGCUCGCCAUCCGAAGCCCACUGGGCGCAGCGCAUUGCCGGUGUGCGACUCCUCACGGAACGGUCCAAGGAAUGGCGAGAAACCGGCGACGACGCAUUGACAGAAGAAUAG